AUGGAAUCUACAGAAGGAUUCAGUUAUCGUAUGGCUAUUAAAGUGAAUAUUGCUAUAUGUUAUAGCUGUGAUCAGUUUGUUUAUGUUGAUAAAAGAGUAGGAUAUGAAUUAUAUUACAAUUAUAAGAUGAAGGAACAUUGGUAUACAAAUUGUACUGAAAAUAGACAUUGUGAUAUAUGUUUCAAAGAGUAUAUGGAGCUUAAACAAAAACCAGAAGUUAAAGGCGAUAUUUACACAAGCAAAAAAGAUCUAAGCAUGUAUAACUAUACAGAGAAAAUGGCUAGAGUAUUUCUACAGACCCAAAG